AUGCUUCCAGCCUUUUAUAAAAGUGCAAGUGAGAUGGUGACGAAAUGGGAGAAUGUUGUUUCACCAAAGGGGUUGGCUGAAGUGGAUGUUUGGCCCAAUCUUAAAGCUCUUACCAGCGAUGCAAUUUCUCGUACAGCAUUUGGCAGCAACUAUGAAGAAGGAAGAAGGAUCUUUGAGCUCCAGAGAGAGCAAACUGAGGAUGUGAUGCAGGCAGCACGGUCGGUGUACAUCAACAUCCCAGGAUUUAGGUUCUUGCCAACCAAGAGGAACAGAAGAAUGAAACAGAUUGCCAUAGAAGUUAAUGGUUCAGUUAGGGAAAUGAUCAACACAAGAAGAAAGGCAAUGAGAGCAGGAGAAGCCGGCUCUGAUGACUUGUUGGGAUUAAUGCUUCAAUCCAAUUCUCAAGAAAUCGAGAAGCAUGGAAACAAGGACUUUGGUAUGACUACCGAAGAAAUUGUUGAUGAGUGCAAGCUGUUCUAUUUGGCUGGCCAGGAGACUACUUCAGCUGUACUCGUUUGGACAAUGGUCUUACUCUGCAGGUACCCCGAAUGGCAGGCACGUGCUAGAGAGGAGGUCUUGCAACAAUUUGGAACUAAGGAUCCGGACUUUGAGGGGCUAAAUCACCUCAAAAUUGUCACCAUGAUCUUGCAUGAGGUUUUAAGGUUGUAUCCACCAGUGGCUAUAAUGAGUCGAAGAACUACUCAAGAAACUAAAUUAGGAAAUUUAACUCUCCCGGCUGGAGUGCAAAUCACCUUGCCAAUAAUGCUGAUGCAUCAUGAACCUGAUAUAUGGGGCGAGGACGUGAAGCAAUUCAAGCCUGAGAGGUUUGCUGAAGGAGUAUCACAUGCAACAAAGGGCCAGGCACUUGCAUACUUUCCAUUUGGCUGGGGACCUCGCACUUGCAUUGGACAAAAUUUUGCCAUGUUGCAAGCAAAACUGGCAAUGUCUAUGAUUCUGCAACGCUUCUCCUUUGAACUCUCACCAUCUUAUACUCAUGCUCCUCGAACAGCCUCAUUAGCACUAAUUCAACCCCAGCAUGGAGCUCACUUGAUUUUGCAGAAUACAUAG